CAUCGAUUACACUUUCAAAGUAUAUUUCCAAUGAUAGCAUAAGUGAUUGAUAACGUGGACCUAUAAAACUUUUAUCAUAUUAUUUGUACUUUGUUCCUUGGAAAUGACGUUUAUCUUAUGAUAUAUUUUAAUUGAACUUUUUACGUUUUAACAAACAUAACCAGACAUAUUCAGCAGUAAUUCAAGUUUUAUAUAAAUCGCUGGCUUUGCAGUACGCAGAUUGCGGAUCUAGAAGACUUAUAUGAUAUUUCGUAUGCGCAAUUACAACAUUAUAAUAAGAAUCGUAUUUAAAUACUAGAUGUGAUUAAGACAGACUCGAAUACAACGUGUUGUGUUAAAUAUCUUACGGAGUAUUUUUUUCCGCUUUGAUUGUUUAUGUAAAAGAAUGAAGCUUGACGUGGUUAGAAGAGUAGUUUCUGCUACAUUAUCUCGCAUUGGUUACAACGUAGGAUGCUAUCCACAAAUACACGUCGCAAUUUUUUUAAUAUUUUCGCAAGUGUUAGCUACAGGAAUAUUACGUGUAUCACCUACAAUGGAUGCAGAGUAUCUUUAUGCACCAACCGAUGCAAGAAGUAUAGUAGAUAGAGCAGCAAUCGAAUCAACGUUUCCCAUAAACACGUCACAAUGUGAUUAUAGAAGACUAUCCAGAAUGGAAGGAGCCGCAGCAAUACAGAUAACAUCAAAAUAUGAAACUUCCGUAUUAGAAGAAUCAAUAAUUGAAGAAGUCAUCAAACUUGACGAAAUCGUUAGAAAUGUCAGUGUUCUAUGGAAUAACGCAUUCCUUCGUUACGAAGAUCUGUGUUGUAAGGCAGACGGAAGCACUUGCCACGAGAAUUUUGUUCUGUCAUUAAAAGGAAAGACGAAUGACAUUAAAAGAGGAUUAUACAAGAUCAAAUAUCCAGUUGAUAAAAUUGAUGGCAAAUUAGUAAUUUCCGGUUUCGAAUUCGGAGGUGUCACAGUAGACGAGAAAAAUAUGAUUCGAGAUUCCAAGGCAAUUAGACUAUAUUAUCCACUGGACCAUGCCACAGAAGAAACGAAAGAAAUGGCACUAAUGUGGNUUGUCUUACAAUUAACUAGUUCUAUUUGCAGAUAUCCAGUUGAUAAAAUUGAUGGCAAAUUAGUAAUUUCCGGUUUCGAAUUCGGAGGUGUCACAGUAGACGAGAAAAAUAUGAUUCGAGAUUCCAAGGCAAUUAGACUAUAUUAUCCACUGGACCAUGCCACAGAAGAAACGAAAGAAAUGGCACUAAUGUGGGAAAAUACUUUUCUAGAAUUAACAUCAACAAUUCACAUGAAUAAUAUCGAAAUUUAUAAGUUCGUUAGUCAGUCUGCCAAUAAUGAAAUUAACCGAAAUGGCGAAAAUAUUUUUUCUCUCAUUAUUAUUGCAGCUCCAAUUAUGUUGAUAUUCUCGGCAGUUUCUUGCUUAUCGACUGACGCACUGAGCAGUAAGCCCUGGUUGGGUAUUGCUAGCUGUGCAUCACCAUUCUUAGCCACUGUUGCAGCAUUUGGACUACUAAUUUACUGCAAAAUGGAGUAUGUCCCAUUGAACGUUAUGAUUAUUUUCCUGAUGUUAGGAAUUGGAGUAGACGAUGCCUUUAUAUUGAUAGCUGCGUGGAGAAGAACUGACGUUGACGCUUCUGUUCCAGAUAGAAUGAAAGAAACAUACACAGAAGCUGCUGUCUCUAUCACUAUUACAUCUCUGACCAACUUUUUUGCCUUUUGUAUGGGAUUUCUGACACCUUAUAAAUGUAUUCAUAUAUUCAGUGCGUAUGCAGCUCUUGCAAUCCUGUUUGACUACAUUUAUCAGUUAUUGUUUUUUGGAGGACUCAAGGCUUUAGAUGGAUACAGAGAAAAGUAUAAUCUGCAUUCUGUUUUCUGCUGGCCAAUUAACCGAAAUCACCAGAAAAUUGAAAACAAAAAACAAUUCGAAUCGACAAACAAGGAAGAACGAAAUAUCUUUAUGGCAUUUUUUGGCAAUGUUCUUGGCAAAAUGCUGGGAAAACCAAUCGCUAAAACUAUCGUAAUUGUUCUGUUUAUGGUUUAUCUUAUAGGUGCAAUAUAUUGUAUGCAAUUCACUCAAGAAGAAAACGAUAUAACUAUAUUUUUUCCAAACUUUUCUUAUAUGUUUAGAUAUGCAUCUAUUGAAAAUAAGUAUUUUUCUAAUUAUAGUCAUCAAGUUCAAAUAAUUAUUAAUCAGUCAUUAGAUUAUUCGAAUGUCACUGUCCAAAAUGACAUAGAAGAUCUCCUGCAAAGUUUCGAGUCUGCUCCAUUUAUAUCCGAUUCGUCGACCACAGAAAGUUGGCUGAGAGAAUUUCUGGCAUUUACUAAAUCUCCAGUUGCAAAGUUUUCUCUUUCUGGUUACAAUCUGAGUGAUUCUGAAGACUUUCUGGGUGCAUUUAAAAAUGUUUUCUUGAAAGUAAACGUUGCAGGCAGGUUUAAAAACGAUGUUAUUUUUAAUCUAGAAGGCGAUAAAAUUACUGCUUCGAGAUUUCUAAUAUCCAGUUCUGAUCUAAGAAUUGAUAAAAGAUCAUUUCUUGAAAAUGUAAGGAAAAUUGCCGAUGACAGCAAAAUUCCUGUAAUUGUAUAUAAUUUAAGAUUUAUGUUUCAUGACGUCUAUGUUAAUAUUUUUUCAAAUUGUGUAAAAUCGAUUUGUGCUGCAGGAGGAACAGUAAUUAUUGUGUUUCUUUUAUUUACUCCGAACAUAUUGUUUCUUUUGUCUGUCGUCGUGACUAUUGUUUCUAUUCAGGUUGGCUUGAUUGGAUACAUGUCUUUAUGGAAUGUUACCGUGAAUCCACCAUCACUAAUAAUAUUAGUGAUGUGUACGGGAUUUUGUGUAGAUUAUACAGUACAUACGACUUACGCGUUUCUGAAUUGCAAAAAGAAAACACCAAAUGAGAAAAUCCGAAGUUGCUUAUACGCUGCUGGAUAUCCUGUCUUACAGGGAUGCGUAACUACUGUUUUGGGUGUUUCGGUAGCGUAUUUUGGACCCUCGGAAUCAUUUGUAAUAUUUUUUAAAAUCAUAACUUUAAUGGUAAUUUUCGCUUUAUUUCACAGUCUUUUUUUAUUGCCCGUAGUUCUCAGCUUUUUGGAUUCUUUUUCGUUUUCUAUGUUUAAGAGGAAAAAACAUAAGUUUGAAUGUAAUGAAAUUGUUUCGAACGAAGUCAAUUCUUUAAAUUCAGAAAACUCAAUUCAGAAACACGAAUGUUAAUAACUAAAUUUGAAUUAAAUUCAAUUAAAAUAGUUUAUA